GUUCGCACCUCCGACUUUGGACGCUCGUCAACGACCACCUCACGCAAAAUUACAUGGCGUACGAUAAUCAUGUUCGAAGGGGCCACACUGCCAUCUUCACCCUUCUCCUUGUCUUCGCCAUCAUUGAGCUCGCGAUCUCAGCCUGGUUGACUUCCCGCUUCAACGCACACCACGACUUCCCAUCUCUCGCCAUCCGCGACCGAACGCGCUAUGUUCUCUUCUGCUGCGCCUUCACCAUAUUUUUCGGCUUUCUAUUCGAACUCCUCUUCCUUCAUUCGGCCUCAAGCGGCAGCGUUAUGACCAGUGUAGCCAGCCAUUUCGGGGUAUGGCUUCUUGCGUGGAUAUUGUGGACGGCAGCGGCGGCGAGCGUGACCGCGGGUUUAGGCGGAGGGUUGAAUUGCAGUGGGGCACAUAUCGUAUAUUGUGGUCAAUUGAAUGCGCUCGAAGCGUUCGCUUGGGUUGAGUGGAUUCUCGUCACUAUCAUUGUUGUCGCGGUGCUUGUCCUCGGUAUCGGCUCAUUACGUCGUGGCGACGGCUACCGCGGCCAACUCGUCACCGUUUAAUGAUGCCCUGCUUUUCAUAUACCAGUCCUUUCACGACUCACUUUUCUUCGGUUCUAUGACCUACUUUUUCCCGGUGUCAGCUAAUCCCUGACAUAAAAAUGGAUGUUCUUCAGCAUGUCCGUUCACAUCUAGUCUGUUUUUUGUCUCUUUGGGUUUAGUCCGGUUCUUUGUCGUGAUGCUUUCCGUGUUGUCAUUGGUUGGGAUAUCUACGUACCCAGUACUUGCUUACCUUCAGGCUUUAUACAUUUGCUCCCUUGUCCUCGAUAGUGUGUGUAAUCUAUCCCAGUGAUGUUCUCUUGGUCAAAUGCUGCCCAAGCCAAGGGUUCAAU